AUGGCUGUUGUGAAGACCGUCCCCGGCGGAGGAACAGGCUCCAGCCUAGCUCGCGCGAUCAUUAUUGUGACUGGUGUCUCAGCUUUAGUGGCAUCGCUACUAUCUGUGAUAUCGAUAUGGUUCCAAAUCAAAAACUACCGAAAGCCCCUACUGCAGAGAUACGUUGUCCGCAUUCUCUUGAUGGUGCCAAUAUUUGCUGCAGCAUCAUGGACAAGCAUCGUAUCGCUCACUGCAGCUCAAUUCCUCGAUCCAAUCCGCGAUAUUUAUGAGGCGUUCACUAUCUACACCUUUUUUCAGCUCCUGAUCAAUUUCCUUGGGGGUGAACGAGCACUCAUUAUUAUGGCCCAUGGCCGACCACCGGUAUCGCAUGCUUGGCCUCUCAACCAUUUCCUCCCGAAGGUGGAUAUAUCCGACCCUCAUACAUUCCUGGCUGUCAAGCGUGGCAUUCUCCAAUAUGCCUGGCUGAAGCCCAUCUUGGCCCUCGCUUCCAUUGUGAUGAAAGCAACCGAUACAUACCAUGAAGGUUAUCUGGAUAUCGGAUCAGGCUAUCUGUGGACUGGCAUUAUAUACAAUGUUAGCGUGACUCUUAGCCUGUAUUCCCUGGCGAUGUUCUGGGUUUGUCUGCACGACGACCUUUUGCCAUUCCGCCCAGUUCCCAAAUUUCUCUGUGUCAAACUGAUCAUUUUUGCCUCGUAUUGGCAAGGAUUCUUCUUAUCCAUCUUGCAGUGGCUGGGUGCACUAGGCAAUGGUGUUGCAGGCUAUACCCCGGACAACCUUGCAGCUGCGAUCCAAGACAGUCUCCUCUGUUUUGAGAUGCCUUUCUUUGCAGUUGCACAUUGGUAUGCCUUCUCCUGGCAUGAUUAUGCUGACCCCACCGUUUCUGCUGCACGAAUGCCGGUGAAGUAUGCACUUCGAGACGCAUUCGGAAUUAGGGAUCUGGUCGAGGAUACAAAGAUUACCUUCCGCGGGGACAAUUAUGACUAUCGAAUUUUUGACUCGGGCGACAAUAUUAUUGCUCAUGCAGAGUCUGAAUCGCGAGUCAAGCGAGUCAUGGAGGGGAUGCGGUAUGAGCGAGGAGGGAAGGCCAAGUACUGGAUUCCCAAACCUGGCGAGGCCAGCAAGCCCGGGGAUGCUGAUAGUCGCACUCCACUUCUCGCCGGUGGAGAAUCUAGUAUACGCGGUCGCAGUGAACGAGGCAGUCGUAGUUCCGCAGAUCGAUUUCGAUCCUAUAGUGAGAUUGAAGUCACCCUAGACGAGGAAGAUGAGCAUCUUUUCACCAAUGCGCGGGCGCUAGAGUUUGGGGACUGGAAUUAUCCGGUCAUCACCGCCAACGAAAUCCCCCCGAGACCAGCGACUACCAAUAACAAGGGGCUACCAAGAAUCCCGUUCCUCGCACUCUGGGGGCCAUACGAAAAAGUCCCGCACUCACCGGAAAAGUCGAGGGUCGGGUCUAGCAAGAGCUCCAAUGGACCAGGUCCCUUGCAGCGCAACGCCAGCUCCACGAGCUCCCACCAGUCACAUCGCAGCCAGCUUGUUGACCUCGUAGUGGAGAACCAAGAAGCAGAGGAGGAAGAACGACUUCAGGCCCAACGUGAAACAGGGUCUGCUUGGGCUGGAGCUGAUGCUCGACGCUUCUCAAGACCAACUGGACAACCAAUUGAUGAAGAAACCGAACCCGAAGCCCCAGCUCCAGCCCCCAACUCCAACAAACCGGUCCAUGAUCAAACUGCCACGCGAUGGUACAGUGCGUUGGAGGAUGACAAUGUGUGGGGCAAAUAA